AUGCCCGUACCGAAGUCGCGAGAGUUGGUAGUUCGACGAGACGGCCAGCAGCGGGGCGGGUUCGAAGCGGCUGUAGGAUCGAUUGACCAUCUGCUUGGUUCUGCAUUCACAAGGAGGGAAUCUCCAGGCUCUGUCAAUGCACGGGAUGACCACCAGGAAGAGGAGCCCGACCGUGAGCACGAAGAACAUCCACCGUUUCCUGUGGGACGACCAACUACCACCGCUCGCCCUAACAACCCCACCGGGACCUCAGCUGCACAGGUCACCCAAUUCCCUCCGCCUCGACCUAGUGGAGGCAAGGGAUUGUCACCAGCGACCCAUCACUUGCUCAUCGCGGCAGGAUCCAUUGGCGCAACUAUUAUACUCGUAAUGGCCGUCCUGGCCAUCCACAGGAUGAGAAAACGCAACCUCACAUUCCGGCAAGCACUUGAUCAUGGCAGAUACCGGUUUAACAGAGCCACGAGACGUGGAGGGCCGCGACCUCCACCAAAGAGCGAGGAAUGGGACACCAAGCGGGCAUACGAGUCUGACUACGGUUCUAUCAGGAAAAACUCCAUACCCCCUCCACAGCGAGCCAUGUCCAUGAGGCGAUCAGAGUCCAAUUCAUCACAACGACUGGUCACGGGUCUUCAAAGUAGCGAAAGCUUCAGCAACCGCGGCCAAGCACCAGAACCCUUCCAACCUAGCACCUUCCUGCUGGACUCGCCACCCGCCGCCCGCAAUCCCCUGAAUGACACGCACCGCCGCAAUGCUAGUGAAACCACAGCCUCAGCCGCCGCUCUCCCUCCUCAAACGCAAAAUCCCCUUCAACGAACCCGCAACGCAUCUAGCCAACAUACCCGUCCCACCUCCUCAACCUCGACUCUACGUUAUCCCGAUCCCCCACUACCGGACCGCUCCCUGUCCCCCCUCCCUCCGCCGCCAACAUUCAAACAAUUCCUCAACAACCGUCCCACGAUCUCAAACCGUAAUCCUGGCCCUCCUCCCGCAAUUCCCGGCCCCGGAAUGGUAUCCCACUUCUCCUGGACCAACUCCAACGCCCCGCAAACACCUCACGACACCAACCGUGACACAGCCUCGGGCCAGAUACCGGUGGCGGGUCGUGACAGCCUCAUGACGCAGCGAUCCUCGGUGCCUCGGUUCCGCACCAUAGACUCCUGGGUCAACCAGCAGGCGAAUCGGAUUGAGGAGCAGAAGUUGCGGGAACAGUUUCGGCUGACGCAGAGUUCGAGCGGGACGAGCGCUGCGGAAGAAGCUCCAGCCGCCGGUUUGGGUGCAAGUGAGAGUAUCCCAGAGGUUCCUGAGAUUCCGGCGAGUCAGUUGCGUGGCGGCCAAAUUGCCGCUAUUCCUUGGGUCUUGAACAAUAAGGCGGCGUCGCUGCCUUCAUCACCGGUUGGAACACCGGUCCCAGCGUCUGUGACGCAGAGGAGUUCUGCUGCUGCGGUGGGGAUGGGACGAGCGAGGCACGAGAGACAGGAUACGCGGACGACGGUGGAGACGGCGCCGAUUUUUCGACAGCAUCCUGGGACGGAGGUGAGGUUUAGUACGAGGAGUGCGGUGCCGAGUGAGAUUCUGGGCUAUGGGAGGGUGAAGGAUGUGCUUUCUUAG